CUCAACUUGGUUGCCACCGGUUGGCAACUCUCAUUCGAUUUCGCUCUUCACCUUCAUCAACAUCCUUCGCUUCAAUCAGAGCAACUGUCGUUCAUAGACGUGUCUUCCUCGCCACCCGUACAACCUCUUCGCCUUCCUUCGUUGUUGUCAAGGCUUCCUUGCACAACUUGUCGUCUGCUCGCCUCCAGGAGUUCACCACAUCCAACAUCGUUCUGCACCAAGGCUGGCCUGUCCUUGCCUUCCUCACCUUACUUUACAGAGAAUCUGAACCGGUGUGGCUGCCAUCCACUUUACUACAAUGAACACCUGUCGCCACCAGGCAGCCAGUCGCCCUGAGGUGCCGCCUUUCUUCGUCUGCGUCAGGUACCCCCUCCGAGCGACCCUCUUCGAUCUCCGUGUUGCGGACCUGAAGGCGGCUCACCCGUCUAUCACUGGCAAGGAGGUGUUCGAGGAUCUGCUUCAAAUUGAGGACGGCAAGGACAUAAGCAUUGUGGGUCUCCAGAAGACUGUCAUCGACGACCUUCACCUCAAGUUCGACAGCAAGCUCGAGUCAAUGACUCCCGACGAGGCUGCCAUGGUUAUCCACUCUUUCUGGGCGUGGAGCCUGCCCGAGGACAAUGUUCCCGCCCAGCUCAAGUUCGACCACGACCUUCCGAAGGACGGUCACCUUCGCUACAUUCUCGAGGUGAUCUUCCACUACGACAAGGCCCGCACCACACACUCUAUGGUUUGCGAUGGCUCGAGGAACGGCACCAUUCCUUUCUCGUUCUACAACUCGACCUUCUCCCAGGAGAAGUGUGUGGGAUGCUUCAUGCGUGGCUCGGCGUGA